UGGCUCAGUGCUCCCGAGACAGGAGUGUAGCACCCCCGCCUCUGCAGGUUACGGCGGGUGCUGCUGCUGAGGGCUCCUGGGGCUUCCUAGGGACACUCAUACCUGGCCUGAGACCCGACUUCUUUCCUGGAUCCAGAUCCCGUUGUUGUCCUGGGGACGCCACCGGUUCUCCUCCGGAUCCUUUUUCUCCUUAAGCUGCUGGCUUUCUUUUUCCUACCUAUCCAGCUUCCAUCUCCCAACUCUGUGUUUUCCUCCUUUACACCCUGUGUCUCCAUCCCAAGCAUCCUGUCUGCCGCCUCCUGGCUUUUGCUCUCCUUAACCUCAAAUCCCUGGACCAGCAGGGCCCUGCCAUAACCUUCUCACCACUGUCUCCUAAACUCCCCUCUCCUCCCUCUUUACCAGCUUCUGUCUCUCAAAUCCAGCUGGUUAACCCUUGACCUCUUGACAUUUGACCCUGACACCCUUUUCUCCAAACCUCUAAAUUCUUACCUUCUGCAGAUUGUACUGCUGAAACUGAGGACUUCCCCUGACUUCCGACCCCCAUUUCUGAGACUCAUUUUUAUUUUCUUACCCUUGGGCCAGUUCCUGUUGCUGCUGUCCCACCAUGGACUUCUUGAUGAGUGGUCUGGCAGCCUGCGGGGCCUGUGUGUUCACCAAUCCCUUGGAGGUGGUGAAGACCAGGAUGCAGUUGCAGGGAGAACUGCGGGCCCCUGGCACAUACCAGAGGCACUACCGAAAUGUCUUCCAUGCCUUCAUCACCAUCGGCAAGGUGGAUGGACUGGCUGCCCUGCAGAAAGGCCUGGCCCCUGCCCUCUUAUAUCAGUUCCUGAUGAAUGGCAUCCGACUGGGCACCUAUGGGCUGGUCGAGGCUGGGGGCUACCUGCACACCGCUGAAGGCACCCUCAAUCCUUUCCGUAGUGCAGCAGCUGGGGCUCUGGCUGGGGUCAUGGGAGCCUACUUGGGGAGCCCCAUCUACAUGGUGAAGACACACCUACAGGCACAGGCAGCCUCCAAAAUUGCUGUAGGUCACCAGUACAAGCAUCAGGGCAUGUUUCAGGCACUAACCGAGAUUGGCCAGAAACAUGGUCUGGUGGGGUUGUGGCGUGGGGCCUUGGGCGGCCUGCCACGAGUUGUCAUCGGUUCCUCCACCCAGCUGUGUACCUUCUCAUCCACCAAGGACCUCCUGACCCAUUGGGAGAUCUUUCCUCCCCAGAGUUGGAAGGUGGCUCUGGCAGCUGCCAUGGUGAGUGGCAUUGCAGUGGUCUUGGCCAUGACACCCUUUGAUGUGGCCAGCACAAGGCUCUACAACCAGCCCACAGAUGCACAGGGCAAGGGCCUCAUGUAUCGGGGGAUCCUGGAUGCUCUGCUGCAGACGGCUCGGUCAGAGGGAAUUGUUGGCAUGUACAAGGGUAUAGGUGCCUCCUACUUCCGCCUUGGCCCCCACACCAUCCUCUCACUCUUCUUCUGGGACCAGCUGCGCUCCCUGUACUACACAUACGCUAAAUAACAGCCACUCUCCCACAUGCCACCAAAUCAGCACUCUUUAGACACUUGUGCCUCCACUAUUAUGUCUUGGUGACUUACUACUGACCUUUCAUCCAUCCAAGGGGGACAGCCAACCCCACUCUUCAUCUGUUCUCUCAGGGUUCAAUCACUACAAGGGAUAGUUUCCCUCCCUUCCUUGGGUGUUGCUUAAACUUCCCUACCCAUCCCCCUGUACACUUCACACCCUUUCUCAGGUGUAUUUACUUUCUCCAAAGUGUAUUUACUCCCACAACCAUUGCCAGUCUUAACUCCCUCCUGCACCCACGCACAGCUUUAAACUACUCCCCUCCAAGACCCAAAGGGAAUUGGGGGUAUCUAUGUGUCUUGUUAGA